AUGCACCAAAACGUCGGAAACAACACUCCAACCGCGCCCGCCGCCGUCGCCGGCGAGGAAUCGCCUGAAGCUCACCCCAGAAGCCGCCCUAGGCUUGAGACACCGCCAAAAAGCGGUGCCGGCGGCAACAGCAGCACGGCAGGGGUGGAAGGCGGCCAAAGCGGAAUCUGUAAACUGGGUAGCGACAGUCCGAGGCCUGGUGGCCUGAAUGGUGACUCUGCAGCUUGGCUGACGAGCACGGGCGAAGAGGCGAUUUUCCGCCGCAUCGUGAUGUUCUUGUGAACAGGACUGCCGUCGUUCAGCUGGCAAGGACGCCAAUAGGUGCCGCAUGUACAUACAUUUGCCUCCAAUCGGUGCCGCAUGUGCAUACAUUGCCUGCCAGAGCAAGCGGCCCAGCUUCCGUUGAGGAGAUUGAGGAGAUUCGCAAUAGCAGAAGGCGUACAGGAAAUGAGAUCCCAAAUGUGCGACGUGCUCGAAUGCUGGUGAUAGCCAUCUUCGUAAUUGCGACAAACUUGGAGCAAUGCCUCUUCGAACUUUGGAUGUUGUGGCCGAAUCCGUUGGCACUGCUGAUAUUCAUGUCGACCGUAGAUCCAAAUGCACGGGGUUGUGCCUGCUGUACACGUGGGCGAUCGAAGCCUCGAGGAAGCUGGUGCACCGGAGUGGGGGGAGGAGGUUGGUCGUGCCAUGUAUUGUAGAUCACUUCCGUUCCUCGCAGAAACGCGUGUGGCACGUCCGCACGUGGUAUGUAUGUGGUGCUGAUGCCCCUCAACCUUGCGAGGACAAUCGGCUACACAGUCAAGACGAAGAUAAGUAUGUUGGGACGAACUCCUUGCGGUUCCCCAAAGAUUAUAGUGUGUGGGGUGUGCAUGAUGAGUGUUAUUGAAUUGUAUUGAUUGUCCUACAGUAGUUACGAGAAUAUAUUUUCUUUGUCAUGCCUUUCACAUGUAGACUAGUCUUAAAUUCUGUUGUAGGACCGCUUCAUUGUAAGUUGAGAUUUUGCUGUGUGAGAAUGCUUUCCAUUUUGUCUUUUACCAGAGCGACCGGUGUUUUAGUUCUUCUGAGAUACAACCCGUGCGCGGGUUUUGAUUGUUCAUAUUCGAUCGCCCCGGUCGUCUAGUUGGUAUCCUCG